AUGAGAGCGGCGGAGCCGCCAGUGAGAGUGGCGGGGCCGCAGGUGAGAGUGGCGGGGCCGGCAGUUGAGGGCGGCGUGGCCGCAGCAGAGGGCGGCGGGGCCGCAGCAGAGGUUGGCUGGGCCGCAGGUGAGGGCAGCGGAGCCGCAGCAGAGGGCGGCAGGGCCGCAGCUGAGAGCGGCGGGGCCGCAGUAGUUGAGGGCGUACGUAUGAUAGCAAUGUUAAGCACGUCCCCACGUGCGCAACGCGCUGCUCGACGAGGGGAGGCGUCGCGGCUACAGGAGCAGCAGCGUGAGGAGCAGGCGGGACAGGAGGGAGUGGCGGCGCUGGAGGCGCCGGCGGAUGGUGAGGCGGACGCUGGGGCAGGGGAAACGAGUUCACGGGAGGAUGCUGCUGCUAAGGAGCCUGGUUUGACGGUGGGGGCGGAGACUGUUGUUGCUUUGACAGCUGAUUCGAUGGAGGUGGAGCGGGUGGAGCGCUGGCCUGCUGCCGAGACUGCUGCCGCCUCUGACGGCGGCUUAGUCUCGCCCGUGGUGGCGCGGCCGGCGGCGACGAUGUCACCGGCGGACAAGGAUCUGGCUGCGGAGGAGGUACAGGGGGAGCAGUGGCUGCCCGAUCCACCGACGCCAGCAGUGGCAGAUUCCCCGCCAACUCUCGAGGAGACUGAGAUUGCGGUGGUCGUGGCUGAGGCAGCGAGGCAACAAGGACAACCCCCGAGCGAAGCAGGCGCGCCGAUUGCCGCUGUGUCUGCCGGAAUGCCUGCUGCUGCCGCGGCCGCAAACACGCAGGAGCACGGCCAGGCGGAGCGUGGAAUUGAGGGCCCUGCGAUCGCCGUCGCUUCCGGCGCCGCCCCGGCAAGGAGGAAGACGAAGCUGCGCACGCAGCCAGCACCGAGGCGGCCUAGAGCAGGGCUGGGACCUGGGGCCCCGGGACCCCUCCUGGGCUGGCUUCGGCAAGGGCAGUCGCCACCAGAGCAAGCGCAUUCGUUGCCAUCAGCGCCACAGCCUGCGGUGGGACCCAGCAUGGGGAGCAACAUGGGUGAGGUUGGUCAAGCAUAA